AUGUUGCAGACCUAUAUUGUGUAUACUGGCAAUAGCAUGAAUGAUGAAGCUACUGCACUUUCCCUUCAUGAAAGUAUGUUACAGCAAGUUACUGCAAACAGCAAUGGAGCACCUAAAUCUGUAACCCACCACUAUAAACGUAGUUUCAGUGGCUUUGCUGCAAAGCUAACCAGGGAAGAAGCAGAUAAAAUGGCUGGACUUGAUGGCGUGGUGCCUGUCUUUCCUAGUACAAAGAAACAACUCCAGACAACCAAGUCUUGGGAUUUCAUUGGGUUUCCACUAAAUGUGGAACGAAGGAACGCUGAAAGUGAUAUAAUCAUUGGAGUACUUGAUUCUGGAAUCUGGCCAGAAUCUGAAAGCUUCAAUGAUAAAGGAUUAGGUCCCCCACCCAGUAAAUGGAAGGGAAUCUGCCAAUCUUCUUCCAAUUUCACUUGCAACAAUAAAAUAAUUGGUGCUAGAUGUUACAGAGUUGAAUCCUUGAACAAAGAACUCUUAUCUCCAAGAGACUCAAUUGGUCAUGGGACUCAUACAGCAUCAAUAGCAGCUGGUAACCCCGUUAGCAAUGCAAGCAUGUUAGGCCUUGCAGAAGGAGUAGCAAGAGGAGGUGCUACCUCAGCACGUAUUGCCGUGUACAAAGUCUGCUGGGACGAUGGAUGUGAUGAUGCAGAUAUACUUUCUGCAUUUGAUGAUGGAAUUGCAGACGGGGUUGACAUAUUUUCAGUCUCACUAGGAGCGAGUGACACCGCCAAGGUUGUAAACUAUUUUGAAAGCGGUAUAUCCAUAGGAGCAUUUCAUGCAAUGCGAAAUGGAAUACUGACAGUAACAUCAGGAGGGAACUCAGGUCCAACACCACUUGGGGUUGUAGAUAAUGUCCAGCCUUGGUCAAUCUCUGUGGCUGCUAGCACCAUUGACAGGAAGUUUGUGACAAAAGUUAAAUUAGGAGACAACAGAAUUUAUGAGGGAGUCUCAUUAAAUACAUUUGACCUUGAGGGAAAAUUAUACCCUCUAAUCUUUGGGGGUGAUGCACCCAAUACUAAAGCAGGCAUCGAUGGAUCUAAAUCAAGGCUUUGCAAUCAUGGUUCAUUGGAUCAAAAUUUAGUGAAGGGUAAAAUUGUUCUCUGCGAGAGCUUGUACCCAAAUGAAACUGGUCCCAUUGGUUUCCUCUCAACCACCACUCAAACACCAUUCGCAGCCGCUUAUCCCUUGCCUGGAUCUUACCUCACUUCAAGGAUGCUGUCUCUGGAUUCAAGUGCCACAAUAUAUAAGAGUGAUGAGUUAGAAGAUACUUCAGCCCCUGAGGUAGUCUAUUUCUCAUCAAGGGGUCCAAACAUGAUUACACCUGAAAUUCUCAAGCCGGAUUUGACUGCUCCUGGCGUAACCAUCCUCGCUAGUUGGUCUCCAAUAGUUCCUGUUUCACACUCUGAUAUUGACCACAGAGAGUUAAACUUCAAUAUUAUGUCAGGAACGUCAAUGUCUUGCCCACACGUGUCUGGUGUAGCAGGUUACAUCAAAUCAUUUCAUCCUACUUGGUCUCCUGCGGCUAUUCGUUCAGCUCUAAUGACAACAGCUGAACCCCUUAGUCCCUUGAAUACCAUAGAAGCAGAGUUGGCAUAUGGAGCAGGCCAAAUUAGUCCUUCGAAGGCUUUGGCACCUGGUUUAGUAUAUGAUCUUACUGAAAGGGACUACCUGAGUUUUUUGUGUGGACAGGGCUAUAACGCAAUGUCUUUACAACUCAUCACAGGGGAUAAUAGCAGCUCCUGUGCCACAAACAAUGGAUCAGCAAGGGAUCUAAAUUACCCUUCGUUUGCUCUUCAGGCCCCUCACACAGAUCGUAAAGUAUUUUCCAGGUUCAAGAGGACAGUCACAAAUGUUGGCUCUCCAAAGUCCACAUAUAAAGCUACAGUGACUGCUCCUAGGGGACUAGAAAUCAAAGUGGAGCCAAAUGUUUUGCCAUUCAAUUCACUUGGCCAAAAGAAAACAUUUGUGCUCACUAUUGAUGGAGCAAUAACUGAACCUAUAGUGUCAGCUUCUUUAGUUUGGGACGAUGGUGGAUUCCAAGUGAGGAGCCCGAUUGUUGUGUAUGAUGUAGUGGGUUUUAACUCAUCGACGCCGGCUUCUCAUUCCACAUCUAUUUCAUCCACUUUUUCUCCUAGUCUCUCUUUGCUUUUCCUAUCUCUCAUUUCUUUCACCCACUUAUAUCUUUUGGGUGUGUAUGAAUAA